AUACAAGAGGAAAUGGAAAUUGUUCAAGAAGGUUCCACUUUUGGAAGUGUUUUAGAUUUGCAAGUACUUGGAUUUGAGCUUCCAGAUGAUGCUUUGAUACCAGGUGUUGCUGUUGCAACUUCGCGAGCUAUUGCUUUGGCAGCUUUUACCAAUUCGUUGGAAAUAGCCUCCAUUGAUGUGGAUCGACAGCGUGCCUGUCUGGUUUUGUCAGCUGGGGUUUCCAAAAGGUGGCUGUAUGCUUAUUAUAAAAAAAACAAACAAACAGAUCAGGAAGCAGAAGCUUGGGAAGCAGCCAAAAAAGCAUGUGGUGGUCUGCACUUCUUAGCUAUCCAAGACUCUCUAGAUUCAGAUUCUUGUACUGGAUUCUGGCUUAUACUGGACAUGCCCAGUCCACCUGUAUAAUGUUAUAGACAGUAAACUUUCUCAAAGUAUCUAAAAGGAAAUGAUUCUGGUGAAUUCUAUAUUUUUGUAAUCUGCAAAUAUUUGGUGAUUUUUAGCCUAACCAGUAUUAUAUAUUCAUGCGUAAUAUUCUAAACCAUGUAUAUAACUGAGAUACCCUCAACAGGAUUUAAUGGCCAGACCACUUCCUACAUUGAAAUUCUGUGAACAUCAGUUCAUUUAUUAGUCAAAUCAUGAAAACACGACACCUAUAUUUGAAUAUUUAAAAUUCUUUUGCUUCUUUUUGAGAUACUUCUGGAGGAGAAAAUCAAUUUAAUACAUGUUUUCGGACAAAUUUUCUUUC